UGGGAGUUAAGAUGGAGGAGGUGGAAGCCUCAACAAGAUAUGCAUCUGAUAGUGCAAGAUUGACUCAGACUACUGGUGGGAGCUGUGGCAUAUCAUGUGAAGGAAUUUGUCACCAUGGGCUGGUCCAGGAUGAUUCGGUGAUAGACGAGGAGAAGUCAACACAUGAGUUUGGUACAGAAAAUGUGAUUAUUGAUAAGGAAUACUCAGUAGCCCCCCCAUAUGACUGUAGUAAGAGGGAAAAGGAAUUACAUCUAUAUAGCUGUGAUUUCUGCCAACAGAACUUUCCUUCAAAAUACAGACUCAUAAUGCAUGUGUUUAUGCACAUUGAUGGCAUGCAACCACCUUUGUAUGUUUGUAAGUGGUGUGGUGAGGUAUUUCACAGUAAGGUUAGUUUGAAAACACAUUUGAGAAUGAGAGAGAAUUAUCAUGGCUUAACUGCUUGCCACCAUGAAAAAUAUGACUAUAGUGAUGAGCAUCAAAGCAGUAUCUUCUUGGAUAGUGAGCCAGAAGUUUCUGUUACAGAACACAUUGAACAGUCUUCAUAUAAGGAAACGUGGAAAACUUCAAAGAAGGCCUCUAAUGACAUGUGUAACACACACAAGACAAAUGAUGCAAUAAGUGCUUAUGGAAUUUUAUCUACAGCUGUUAAUGUCAGUGCCCAGGCUGAUCUACAUAUUGCAAACAGAACCAACAAAUGUGGUAUUUGUGCCAAAUGGUUUGCUAGGUCAGGCGAUCUGAAGACUCAUUUAUUAAUUCACACUGGAAUGAAAGUUCACAAAUGUGAGAUUUGUGGGAAAUCUUUUACUUUGUUAGGCAGUCUCAAGAAGCACACAUUAAUUCACACUGGAAACAAACCUCACAAAUGUGAGAUUUGUGGAAAAUGUUUUGCUAGAUCAGAUUGUCUCAAGACUCAUGUAUUAGUUCACACUGGAAAGAAGCCUCACAAAUGUGAGAUUUGUGCAAAAUGUUUUGCUACGUCAGGUUGUCUCAAGACUCAUGUAUUAAUUCACAGUGGAAAGAAACCUCACAAAUGUGAGAUUUGUGGAAAAUGUUUUACUACAUCAGGUUAUCUCAGGACUCAUGUAUUAAUUCACACUGGAAAGAAACCCUACAAAUGUGAGAUUUGUGGGAAAUGUUUUGCUAUAAAAGGUUAUCUCAAGACUCAUGUAUUAAUUCACACUGGAAAGAAAGCUCACAAAUGUGAGAUUUGUGCAAAAUGUUUUGCUACAUCAGGUUGUCUCAAGACUCAUGUAUUAAUUCACACUGGAAAGAAGCCUCACAAAUGUGAGAUUUGUGGAAAAUGUUUUACUACAUCAGGUUAUCUCAAGACUCAUGUAUUAUUUCACACUGGAAAGAAACCCUACAAAUGUCAGAUUUGUGGGAAAUGUUUUGCUACAUCAGGUUAUCUCAAGACUCAUGUAUUAAUUCACACUGCAAAGAAACCCUACAAAUGUGAGAUUUGUGGGAAAUGUUUUGCUACAUCAGGUUAUCUCACGAAUCAUGUACUAAUUCACACUGGAAAGAAACCUCACAAAUGUGUGAAAUCUUUUGCUAGGUCAGGGAAUCUCAAGAGGCAUUUAUUAAUUCACACUGGAAAGGAACCUCACAACUGUGAGAUUUGUGGGUAAUCUGUUGCUACGUCAAGCUAUCUCAACAGACAAACAUUAAUUCACGCUGGAAAGAAACCUCACAAAUGUGAGAUUUGUGGGAAAUAUUUUGCAGAGUCAGGCGAUCUCAAGAAACAAACAUUCAUACACACCUAGAAACGACCUCACAAAUGUGAAAUUUGUGGCAAAUCAUUUGCUAGAUCAGGUGAUCUCAAGACAGAUGCAUUAGUCCACAUGGGAAGGGGACCUCACAAAUGUGACAUCUGUGACAAAAGUUUCACUCAGUUGGGUACUUUCAAGACACAUGCAUUACUUCACAUCAGAAAGUAACUACAAGUAAUUGUUAGUUUAUGCACAUAGAUUUUCCUGGUUGGUGCCCUCAAGGCCUAUAAAAUAAUGAACGUAGUAGGGGGACAAUAAAUUGUAAUGCCUGUGAAAUAACAUUAAAGUGUGGUAGAAUUGUGAAAAAAGUGCAAUAAUGUGUACUAUAUUGAGGUAACAGAUAAUUUGAAAAACAAAAAUCCCUAUCUGUAGCUUGA